GAUGAUCAUUACGAUCUUGAUAUGGAUUGUUUUUUCAAUAAUGGGAUUGUAGACAAUCUAGUUGAAUGUUGUAGAUCAAGAAAUUGGCGUAGUCUUCGUGUGAGUUAGUAACUUAUAAUACUAAUUUGAUAAAUAGCAAUUAGUAAUAUGUUAUGUUACUGAUUUUGUGCUUUUUUUUUCCUUAGAGGCAAGCUGCUGAGACAUUACGUGAAUUGGUUAAUUGUGGAACGAUGGCACAGAAUCAGGAAUUGCUUAGACGUGGUGUCGUUACAAUUUUUCUGCAAAUGCUUAAUGAUGAGGAAGCUAUAGACCUUGAUGAUGAGGAGUGGUUUGAUGACUUAUUAGUUGUUGAGGCUGUGAAGACUUUGGCUUUAUUGUCAACUAAAGUAGAUGUCAGGGGUGACUUGGUUACUGCAUUUGUUGAGCAAAAUCUGUGUAGAAGGCUGAUGUUACUUUUCAGGAAUACUAGACACACCAUAGUUGAAAAUGUGUUGACAUUUGUGGAGAACUUUCUUACUAUAGGAACUGAAGAGCAAAUGCAGGUUCUUCUUGACAACCAAGUUUUGCAUCAUCUCAGACUUGUAAUUGUCGAGCCUGUGGUGUCCGAUUUAUACCUCCUAGGUGGACAAUAUAAGGUAGUAGAGAUUUUGGGCAAUUUUGCUCGUCGUUCAAGAAGGUUGAGGGAUCUUGUUAUUGACAGCGGUGAAGAUCUCAUCUCAUUAUUUCGAGUCCUUCGUUCCCUAGCAGAUGAUUCCAUCGUUGCAUUUGACGCUUCACCAGCAAUCAGUGCUGCCAGGACAAUAGGAUACUUGUGUUUUGGUAGUCCACCUCCACCAUUUGAUAAGGUUGAGCUUGUCUUCUGUUCUUUGAGAUCCAAAUAUCACCGACACCUCGCUUAUUUCUUUAAUGCUGAUACACGCUACAUUGUUGUUAUUUCAGUUGAGACCAUCACUACCAAUCCUCCGGUUUCUCAUAAAUCAACUGGAACCUCAUAUAGGAGAAAGAGCUUGUCCUGUUAUUAAGCAUGCCUGCUUGAUUAUUGCAUGUCUGGCACGCGGUGGAUUUGAUCCUAUAAAUGCUUUGAUUGAUGAAAAUAUGUGCCCGAUCCUGGUGAUGCUUUUGGCGUAAGUUGUUCUCUUUAAGACGAUAACUUAGCUAGUUCUGAUGAAAUGUUUAACUAGUAUAACAGAGAAUCUAAUAAACUUGGGGCUAUACAGACAUCCUCACAGUGAGGUUGUUGC